AUGUUUAGUGAUGCUGUGGAGCAUUAUGGUCUACCGUUGUGUGUUAGAUGUGACAGAAGAAUGGAGAAUUUUGAUGUAGCAAAAUAUAUGAUCUAUAAUAGAGGGGCAGGAAUAGGAAGUUUUAUUGCUGGAAGAAGUGUUCAUAACCAGAGGAUAGAAAGGUUAUGGGCAGAAGUGAAAAGAGUUGUAAACAAAUACUACAAAGAGCUGUUUGGAUGGAUGGAACUGCAAGGAAUACUUGAUCAGCUAAACGAAAUUCACUUGGCUGCUUUGCACUAUGUGUUUUUACCAAAGAUUGAGAAAUCACUUGCAGAAUUCACAAGUCAGUGGAAUUAUCAUGGCCUGCGAACUAUGAAUAACAUGUCUCCUCUUGCUUUGUGGAGACAGCAUGUUACAGUUGAGACACCUGGCACAGCAGACGGCGACCUUCUCACGUCAUCCACCGAUAUAAAAAAGAGAUGGGUGGAACACUUUGACGAACUCCUCAAUCAACCUACUGAUGUUGACGAUAGCCUCAUUGACGAAAUUGAGCAGCUUCCCAUUGAUAACUCCCUCGACCUCCCAUUAACAGAAGAGGAACUUGACACUGCACUAAAAAACACAAAGCUUGUUAAAAGCCCUGGUCCCGACGGCGUUCUUCCCGAAGUUCUUGUACACGGAGGAAAUACACUGAAAGCCUUUCUCUUUGCCAUAAUCUCAAUGUUUUGGAUUACUGAAAACAUGCCAUCCGAAGUAACUGACCCAAACAUCACUAUUCUCUUUAAGAAAGGGGAUCAAAGUCAAUGCGGAAACUACUGUGGCAUUUCCCUCCUAAGUGUUGUAGGAAAGUUGUUUGCUGACAUUCUCCUGCAAAGGCUCAAACGUAUAGCUGACAAAGUGUAUCCCCAGUCCCAAUCCGGCUACCGUCAGAACAGAAAUGGUGUCCUAACAGAACCGUUUGAAUACAAUAGUGGUGUAAAGCAAGGGUGCAAGCUAGCGCCCACCUUGUAUGGCAUCUACGCUGCUGUACUUCUCUUGCUCGCUUAUGCAACCAUUAGUCAUCAAUUCAGCGUAAAAAUCAAAUUUCGGUAUGACGGUGAUCUCUUCGAUUUGACAAGAUUGAAAGCCAAAAUGAAAACCUUUAUCAAUUUCAUCAGAGAAGCACAAUAUGCUGACGAUAUUGCAAUCUUCAGUGACUCGUCACUUGGACUACAUGUUCUACUAAACGCCUAUAAUAACAUGGCUAAACAAAUGGGGCUUUCGAUCAAUAUAAAGAAAACCGAGACAAUGUCCAUUGGUCCGGAAGAGGAUUUUUUCAUUGACGGUACACCAAUCAAAAGCGUGAAUCGUUUCAAAUACCUUGGAAGCAUUGUUACUAACAAUUGUUCAAUGAACACCAGGCUCAUCACAUGUAUACAAGCUUUGUCUUCUGCUUAUGGCAGGCUCCGUGAACGUGUAUUUGACUCACAUGACCUUACAAUAUCGACAAAACUGAAAGUGUAUGCUCAGUGUUUAACACCACUUCUCACGUAUGGUUCUGAAACCUGGACACUAUAUCGACACCACAUCAAUCAGCUUCGCACAGUCCAGCAACGGCAUUUGAGGAAGAUUCUCCGAAUAAAAUGGAGUGACUUUGUAAGCAAUGAAGAAGUACUACGUCAAGCAGAUGUUGACGAUAUAGAAAUAACACUCAUUAAAAAUCGUCUACGUUGGCUUGGUCAUGUGUCAAGAAUGAACGACAAUUGUCCCGUUAAAGCUCUUAUGUAUGGUCAGCUCGACAAAGGCACUCGUUCUGUUGGUCGACCGAAACUACAAUAUAAAGAUACGUGCAAAAGCGUUCUUAAAUCCGGAAGAAUCUUAGGCCAAUGGCAAGAACUGGUUGUUGAUCGUCAACUUUGGAGACAAACCAUUGCAAAUGUCUGUCAAAAUGUGAAUGCAAAUCGAAUUGCGAUCUAUGAAAGACGAAAAGAGCACCGAGCUCGAAAGAAAGUUAUAAAUGGAAAUUUAGGUUAG